UAUUUAGUUUUUCACAAACUAAAUUAAAAACACAUCCUCACUCUCCUCCUCUUCUUCUUCUUCCUCCUCCUCCUUCCAACAAAAAAAAGAAAAAAGAGAAAAAAAAAGAAAAAAAGAGAAAAAGGAAUGGCAAUCUGUGCAGUGUACACAGCAACAAAUCCAAUAUUUCAGACAACAAAACCAAACUUUGGAUUUCACCAAAAACAUGAAGUGAUAUUCUACACAAGGAAGGAGAGGAGCAGAAGAUGGGAGAAGAGAAAGUUAUCAUGCUCAGCUGAAGCAAAGACAGUGGUGAUUGGGCUUGCAGCAGACUCAGGCUGUGGGAAGAGCACCUUCAUGAGAAGACUCACAAGUGUUUUUGGAGGUGCAGCAGAGCCACCCAAAGGAGGAAACCCAGACUCCAACACUCUCAUCAGUGACACCACCACUGUGAUUUGUCUUGAUGAUUACCAUUCACUGGAUAGGACUGGGAGGAAGGAGAAGGGAGUCACUGCACUUGACCCCAGAGCCAAUAACUUUGAUCUUAUGUAUGAACAAGUCAAGGCUAUCAAGGAUGGAAUUGCAGUUGACAAGCCUAUUUACAACCAUGUUACUGGUCUUCUUGAUCCUCCUGAGCUCAUUCAACCUCCCAAGAUCCUUGUCAUUGAAGGCCUCCAUCCUAUGUAUGAUUCUAGAGUUAGAGAUCUCCUUGACUUCAGCAUCUACUUGGAUAUCAGUAAUGAAGUCAAGUUUGCUUGGAAAAUUCAGAGAGAUAUGGCAGAACGUGGACAUAGUCUUGAGAGCAUCAAAGCCAGCAUUGAAGCUAGAAAACCAGACUUCGAUGCUUACAUUGACCCACAGAAACAGUAUGCAGAUGCUGUGAUUGAAGUUCUACCAACAGAGCUCAUUCCUGAUGACAAUGAAGGGAAAGUGCUGAGAGUGAAGCUGGUGAUGAAAGAAGGUGUGAAGUACUUCAGUCCAGUUUAUCUUUUUGAUGAAGGCUCAACAAUUUCAUGGAUUCCAUGUGGAAGAAAGCUCACCUGCUCUUACCCUGGCAUCAAGUUUGCUUAUGGUCCUGACAGUUACUACAGCCAUGAGGUAUCAGUGUUGGAAAUGGACGGGCAGUUCGACAGAUUAGAUGAGCUCAUCUACGUCGAAAGCCACUUGAGCAACAUCUCGACCAAGUUUUAUGGUGAGGUGACACAGCAGAUGCUGAAACACGCCGACUUCCCGGGGAGUAACAAUGGUACAGGUCUAUUCCAGACCAUAAUUGGAUUGAAAAUCAGGGAUCUUUAUGAGCAACUUGUUGCCGAGAAGGCAGCAGCUCCAGUUGAGGCUGCUAAAGUUUGAUGAUUUUAGAGUCACAUAGUUUGUAUCCAAAAUUUUCUUUCUUCUAUUUCGGCUUUGUUUUCAAUUUAUAUUCUCCGAAAGAGUGGGAGCACCACUUUAUGUAUUUCAUGUAGUUCACUUUGUUGGGACUUGGAAGUAUAAGAUGAUGAUGAUGGGAAAAAAAAAAACAUUGUAGCAAUUCCCAUCAGAUAAACAUACUAUGAAAUUUUCAGUUA